AGGUCGGCCUGAUGCGACAGAUGCUGCACGAGCAGCAGGAGGAGCUGGCCGAGGCGCGCCGCUUCUCGGCGGCCUGCAAGCUCGUCACAGCCGUCGGGCGGCGCGACACCCUCUCGCUGUCGACGGCGCUCGGCGCCUGGCGCCGCGCGUGUUUGCUGGCUCGUGAGGCGGAUCUGAGGCAUACUCCCCGUCUCGCGAAACCAGCAGCUGAAGGGCUGCCGUUCAUCCCGCUCGCGUCGUUGGGCGAGGCUGCUGCCGGCAUCAGCCGCGAUUCCCCGGGGCGCAGCUCGCCUCCGUCGCAGCCGCCCUCGGGUUCUCUCGCAUCUCCACCCUCGCGGCUGCCGCCCUCGCAGCUUCGCCCGCGUCAAGUCUCUCCAACCGCCGGCGACACGCCGAGCACGCUUCCCACAAUGCAUUCGCUCGAAACCCUGUGAGUGAAGGCAGGGUGGGAUGGUUCGGAGUGCCAGUUGGCGGGGGUUGCUCACGACGUGCAGGCGCAUGUCACCGCGCACGCCGCCGCCGCCGCCCGCGCGCCAGAGAGCCCAUUUUAGUAGUUCACCAGCGCGCAUGAACCAGGCUGCGGGGGGCGGGACGCGCGAGACACGCGCAUGCGGGUGGGGGGAGUCCAACGACACGAGAGACGCACACGUCAUGGGCCAUGUGUAAAAAUCCAUGGGACUAGUGCGCGC